AUGGGAAGUCUAUCAAAAGAGGUACAACAACAAUCACUUUCACCGUUUGGACAUGCAGUCGCAGGUGCAUUAGGUGCCUUGGUUGCUUUAACAAUAACGUAUCCUUUAGACAUAGUAAAAACGAAACUUCAAGUACAAUCUAAGUCAACGUCUAUCGAUCAAGAUACACCGUAUUAUAACUCUACAUUGGAUGCGAUCUAUAAAAUUCUAGCCACAGAAGGGAUAACUGGACUCUACGCAGGACUUCCAGCUGGAUUAAUUGGAGUUGCGUCUACAAAUUUUGCCUAUUUCUACUGGUACUCUGCUAUACGGUCAUACUAUCAACGUACACGCUCAUCAAAUCCAUCAACGGCGGCCGAACUUUUCUUGGGUGCAUUAGCUGGGGCACUUGCACAAAUAUUCACGAUUCCUGUGUCUGUGAUUACCACUCGGCAACAAACAGUCACCACGAGAGAACGCAAAGAUCUUGUUGGGACAGCAAACGAAAUAAUCUCAGAGGAUGGCGUGACUGGAUUAUGGAGAGGAUUAAAACCUUCGUUGAUUUUGUGUGUGAAUCCCGCAAUCACUUAUGGCGCAUUCGAACGCGCCAAGGCUGCAAUAUUGAAAAAACAGGGAGGGGAGGAUUUGAGUCCAGCCAGUGCUUUUUGGUUAGGUGCCUUCAGUAAAACACUUGCGACCGUUGUCACCUAUCCAUAUAUUAUGGCUAAAGUGAGAUUACAAUGGAGACCACCGAAAAGAGGAAUGCAAGCACAAAUCACUAAAGCUGUUCUAUCCCAAGCCAUAUUAUUUUAUGCAAAAGAGUAUACCACGCGGUAUACUCUGUUAAUGUUCGCAUUUAUCACUAGACUUUGGAUAAGUCGUCGUCGAAUGGAGAUUUAG